AGUGCUCAGCGUCAGCAACUCGGCCGCCGCCUCCACGACCGGGCUGGUCAUCAAGAACACGGCCGCCACGGGGGUCGCCCGGCUGCAGCUGGACGCCAACACGGCCACGGGCUUUGCGCAGCUGGAGGUGGCGCCCACCGGCAACUGCACCCUCAACGUUCCCGGACAGGAGAUCUGGCUGCAGAACCGGCUGACGGGCCAGGCGCCGCUGAUCGUGGAGACGAACGGCAUCGUGACCACGGCCUACGGCCAGAACGACCUCUCGGACGAGAAGGUCAAGCAGAACGUCAGGGACGCGGAGGCCAUCUUCGACAGGGCCGCGCCGAAGCGCUACGACCAGGCGGACCUGACCGCCGUGCGGUGGGGCGUCUGCAAGCGGCUGCAGAGGCGCUGGAGAAGCCGAGACCUAAGGCAAAGGCCAGACCCAGGAAAGAUGGCUGAGGAGGCGGCGCUGGACCUGCUGCGGCGGCUGGCCAGCGACUUCAAUGUGAGGGACGCCCGGAAGCUGUACCAGAUCGCGAAGCGCGAGUUCCCCGACCAGCCGGCCGUCACGGUGAACCGGGCGAGGGACGCCCUGAGAGGGGACGUGGCGAGGCAGCCUGGGCAAGAGCGCGGCCGAGGGCCCAACGACCGCCUCCAGGCGGACCUCAUCGGCCUUGUGGUCACCGACGUCUUCACCAGGGAGGCGGUCACCAGGGCACUGCCCAACAAGAACGCGGAGACGGUGGCGCGCGCGGCCGCGGAGGCGAUCCCCAACUACGUCGUGACCACGGACGAAGGCAACGAGUUCCGCACCCUGGAGGCGAAUCUGCCCCAGGGGGUGGUGCACCGCCAGAAGCGGCCCGAGGACCGGAACGCCACCGCCGUGGUGGACCGCACCAUCCAGACCCUCAAGAAGGACCUCGCGGGCGAGGUGGCGCGCCGGGGCGGCAAGUGGGACGACCACGCGGCCGAGGCCACGGAAGCCUACAACGCGCGGGGCCGUGCACGCCGCGCCCGAGGACGUGGAGACGCAGCCCGCCACCAGGACAACGCCGAGAAGUUCCAGCACAAUAAGCAGCUCACAGAGGGGCGCCAGGCGCGCCUGCAGCAGGCCGGCGCCUUCCGCGCGCCAAUAAUAUAG